UUUAGCAUAGUAAAUCAAAUGUGUCCGUAUACGUAUUAUGCUAUAUAAUAUAUAUGGCUACAGUUAUUGUAGGUUACAUAUUUUAACAGUGAUACUACGAUAGAUUAGCGCUGUGUUAAGAAUUGAACAUAACGUCGAGUGCGGAACCUUGAGCUGGCUGUUGUUGUUUUUCGACACCAAUCCGUAGAUACAGUGACGGUUUCAAGUGUAGCACUUAGCCAGCCCAGUGGCAGAGACUGUAGCACUUCAGUUCAGCAGGCUCAUUUGAAUCAUAAAUAAUCAAAAAAUAAGAUGGCGCAAUGGGUUUAUUAUACAAAGAAACUGCUUAGUUCUGCAGUGACGCAUUUGGCAGAUGAGCUAGAACAAACUGUUUUGGAUUUUAAUGAGGCCAUCCAUAACCUAAGCUCAAGUCAGCUGACACAAGAAAGAAAAGACUCUGUGCACAUUGAAAAUGACAAUGCAGAAGGGAAAGACACAAUCAUUACUGAACCUGUUCAAAAUACACUUAAAACACCACCUAAAUCCCACAGCAAAUGCUCGUCAGUCUUACCCUGUACAGGAACUGAAGAUAAGGUUGAUGGGAAUCAGUCCAAAAUUUCUAAAACAUUCAAUGCUGAAAGUACCAAGAACAUUUUCAUACAAAGCUAUCAGGUAACCACAACAAGACAGCCAGAAACACCUGGUUUUACCAGCGUUGUAACUGCAACACUAUCAAAAUCAUCCUCCACCCUAAGCCCGGGAGAUGCUCUCAAGAACAGCUUAGAUUUACAACACGGUUGUCGGGUUCAUUAUGUCGACCCCCUGCCUCUCGACAAAAGUCAAAGUUUCAGCUGCACCACUGUGUCUCCUUCUGACAAUCAAAAUAUAGAACAGAAAAUCCCUACUCAGCUCUGCAAGUCUCCUGUCUCAGAAGUUAUAAAUAGAGACUGCGUAAAACAAAACUCUAACCUAUGUACACUAGGAAAUAAUAACUGUAAGCUUCAAAGUAUCAGUACUAAGAGACCUGGGAAAGUUAUACGAGCACAAGUAACAUCUUUUUAUGACCAAAGCACUCUUGAGAGCCAUAGACAUUUUGUACCAAUUAUUGAUGGAACUUUUGAAAUGGGCAGCAGACCAAAUCGAGAUAAUCAAGCAGGGGAUGAAAAUCGAAGUGCAGUUUUACAUACCUCUGUAAAUGUGAUUGUGGAAAGAGUCUCACAUGGCUUGAACUGGUUGUCUCCCUUAAACUCAAUUAGUCGAGUUUUAUCCAUCGCACUUAGUCAUGUUGCAAGCAUGUUACUUGUGAUAGAUGAGGAGUCACAUCCUCUUGAGCAUGACAACAACCCAGGUAGUAGGCAGCUGUCUGUAACUUAUCACCAUAGUGUACCAGCCAGUGAGAAGUUUGACUUCACUGCCGGUCAUGCCUAUCAAAUUAUUAGGGAAAAAAGUCCCCAGGAGCCACUUCACUCUUCUUUUAUGAGGUCAACCCAUUCUUGUGAAAGUUUUGAAAUCAUAGAGCAACCAUCAGACCGGGAUCUAGAGCAUUGCUCAGAGUAUGUAGGUCAGAGGCCAUUUUUGUUGAGGUUGUUUUCACAGUCUAGCUCAAAUGGUGAAAUACCAGAUACUACAAACAUCAUCAAUGCCCAUUCUCUUCAGACAGACCCUUGCUCAUCCAGUGCUGAAUUCUGCAACUUUGAUUUUAAAAACCUAGUCAGUAACAAACAUUUUAACCAGUUGAACCCAUUUCCUGAGAAGUCGGAAGACGAUUCAUUGUUGUGCAAUAGUGAGUCACCGUUAGUAAUUGAGAACCUUAAAGGUGGCAUGUCCUCACCAGAUGGUUCCACUUGGGAUUAUGAGGAAGAUCAAGAAGAUAAUGAAAGUGUUUCAUUCAGAGUUAUAUCAGAGAAUGACGAUGAAGAUUUCAUUAUUCUUCAGUUAACUAGUUAAGGCAGUAGUUUCGAGCUUGUUGCAAUUGUUAGUGCCAUAUUAAAUUUUUGGUAGUGAAAUAUACUUGGUAGAAACUAUCUAUCUUAAUGUAUUGCUGGUGCCAUAUUCAAAUUUAUUGCAAUAUUUAUCUAACUAUGUAUUUUAAAGUAUAAAUUUAAAAUAUUAAUACAGCAUUGUCAGGAUGAUGUUACUAUUACAUUUUAUGGAGGGAAAUAUAAAAGUCAAUAGUCAUUGGGCCACUUACUUAGACUUAGGUCCUCCAAUGCUGUUUGAUGCACAAAGUGGAAAGCUCUCUCGACAACUUCAGCGGCCUCUUAUCAGCUGGUUCCCAUGGGCUUUAGGUCUUUUAAGAAGGUUAUACAGCCUUGCUUUCAUUUUCCUCUUUUUGGCUUCUUUGUUGCAACGUGAUUUGUCUUGUCUUUCGAAUCUGGUCACCAUUGCACUCAUUGGGCUACAAACUUAAAGGAUUUUUAUUUUUCUCAUGUGUCAAUAGAGACCCUCUUUUGAAAUCUUGCAUAGGUCUAGCCGCAAGAUAGUGCUGUCUGCAGCGUCUCUGGCGUCCAUGUUGUCAUUUGGUAGACAGAAGUCCCUGGUACUACAACUUUACCGAAUUGUUUACAAUGAAAUGCUAGAUUAUUUGCUGAAGAGUUCUGUUUAAUAUUCUAACCUGGCUCAUGAGAUGAUUCUUAAAUGACUAAUUAUUACUUAGAAUAUUGUUGUAAAACAUUUAUAUAAGUAUGUGUACUUUAAUAGCAUUUCUCUUACAUAAAAGUUCAAUAUCUGAGUUCAUAAGAUUUUUAAAAAAUCAAUAUAUAUCUAUUGGUUAGAUUGACUUUAAGAAUUACAUUUAAAGAGAUCGAUGAAAUUUUAAAAGACUUCACUAACUUAAGAAACAUAAUCUGUCAAUCAUAUAUCUACUCUUUUUUUUUUUUUUCUAUAAUUUGGUAAUUAGAUUUCCAUUUGUGAUUAAGUUGUUAGUCUAAUUCAGAUUUCAUUCAUCUUUAUUUUUAAAAUUUUUCCAUUGAUAACAGUCAAUUGUUGAAAUAAAAAAAAAAGUUUUGAAAUAUAGAUAACUCUUGUUUGACAUAAUAUACUAAUGACAUGUUAUCACAGGCAUGUUUUAAGAAAAUUAAACAACUAGCCAGACAUAAUAUAUAUAUUUCUUUUAGUGUAUAUGUAUCAUAUACUAUUUUGUAUACAACAUAAUAACUUUUAAAAUGGGUUGCAGAAGUAAACAGUAAGUGAUUGGAGUGAGCAGAUAAAUCUCAAAUCAUGCUGUGUGUAUACUUACUUUAAUUCCUUAAUGACUGCUUGAGGUGGGAAAUUAAACAAUGGAUUGUCUUCAGCUGUGGGACAUUGGAAAGUCAAGCAAACUAGAGGGCAUCAGAACUGAAAGUGGCUAGGUGUCUUCAUAGUCAUUGAAUCUCAUACACAUCUUAUUUUAUUGACAGUCUCUGACAUUAUUUCUAAACAUGCUAAUAGUAUAUUCAGUAUAUUAUUAUUAUUUUGUGCUUUGUUCGCACCAGUUGAGUUGGAACUUAAAUAAUUAGGUGUGUGAGCAGUGAUCCUUAUAUUCAAAGUGACAUGGUAUUCUCAAGCUUUGUCUCUAAAUAUUUUACCCCCCCCCCCCUCAUACUAUUUAAAUACUCACACAUUGUUUACUACAAGUAAAACCAUCUUUUUUGUCUUUGGUUGUAUUAGGGCUAUAAAAUAAGUGAGAUUAAUAUUCUCUUUUUUUUAAACACAUUCUUUGUGUAAUUAUUAUUACAUUUCUUUUAUGUAUUGGUUUUUUUUUUUGUUUCGGUGAUUGGACACAGUGAUUUAUUGAUUGACUAUUGUCAUUUUUUUUUUAUGUAAUAACAAAAUAAAACAUUGGAGUGAAGUGUUU